AUGUUCAAUUCUAGAUAUGUUGUGGAUAAAGACGCUAUUAUCUUGAUCCCUUUCUUCAAUAUUGUCUCUGAGCACUACGAAGAACAUUUCAGACAUCCUAUCAGUAUUCCUGCUCUUAAAAACAUGGCAGGAUUUAGUGAUUUGGCAAGCGAGUUGCAUCGACUUUCCUACUUUGAACCAGUACGAUCAACUAUAAUUGAUCCAAUGCACAACCAUUUCUUGGGAACUGCAAAAAGAAUGGUUGAUAAACGGAUCCUUAGUAAGAUUCUCACUGACGCCGACCUUGUAGAGAUGCAGAAUGAAGCAAACAAGUUGACACUUCCAAGAGUAUACACGACAAUAACAAGCAAAAUUGGGAAAGGAUUUCCGUUCAUGAAGGCGGAUGGAUGGAAAUCAUGGUGUUUAGUUUAUCCUCCUGCGGCGUUAAAGAAGCACUUGCCUGAUGAAUUAUAUGUCAAUUGGAUACAUUUUGUUGAUGCCUGCCAAUUACUUACAAAGCCAUCUAUCACCAAGAACGAGAUUGAAAAUGCCCACCAAAGUCUCAAAAAGUUCUGUAUCGGAUGUGAAGAUCUAUAUGAUUCUGAUGUUCUUUCACCAAAUAUGCAUCUGCACUUGCAUUUAAAAGAAACUAUUGAGGACUUUGGACCUGUAUACGGAUUCUGGCUUUUCAGCUUCGAACAAUACAAUGGCCUCAUCAAAGGUUUUAACACCAACAGAAAAAAUGGAUUCAAAAAAACAUAUAUGGAUAAAUUCAUUGAGAAUGCUUCCAAAAGUGACUUUCACAGAACCAACCUCCACACUAUCGCCAACCUACAUCACCUUACAAUCUUCAACAAACUUUCUGACAGUAUAACUGGUAUCAAAAAUACAUCAGUCCUCAGUCCGCUCUCGAUAUUUCGCUUAACUUCUUUCGUCGAAUCUGGUUUCAAUCCAAACAAGCAAACACUUGGAAAUGAAUCACUCCCACAAAGCGCAUAUCCACUCAAUCUCAAAGAGCCACUCACUAUGAAAAUUGGUGAAUAUGAGUGCCUCUUGAAGUAUUACAGGAUUUACGCCAAAAGAGUCAUCAAAAAUCCAAACUUUGUAAAUGACAGAAUCCGGAAGAUUCAAUCUAUAAAUCUUUUCGGACAGAAAUAUGCUGGAAGUGAAGGUUCGGUGACAAGAGGCACACAUAUAAUGGCAAGAUUUGCUACAAAAGAUGGGAAUCCUAGGGGAACAUACGCUGGCCGUAUUAAUUACCUUUUUUUUCCACGAUUUAUCUUCACAUCCCACAGCCACCGAUUUUCUCAGCCACUUGAACCCACAAGAUGUAUUUGCUUUUGUUGA